CCAGGUGGCGUCCCUCCUCCUUGUAUCUCUGGAGUAGGUUUAUUUUGGUUUACCCUGUUCCCGUGCUGCCGCCAUUAGACGAAAUCGGCACUGGAAAUGGGAAUUUGUACUUCAUAAGUUCCCAGAAAGCUCACUUAAAAAAAUCUGAUAGCACGGAUAGUAGGAUCGUUGCGGUGGAAAAGAGCAUCCUGCCAGGCUGAGUGGCCUUUGGUCAGGCGCGAGCCAGCGGAGGGCGGGAGGGACGGAGGGAAGGGGGCAUUUAGGAGUUCUGUUUGAGCGAGGAUGACUGAUUUCCAGCCGAAGUGGAGUUGCGAGUAUUGCACGUACGAGAACUGGCCAUCCGCCAUCAAGUGCACUAUGUGUCGCGCCCAACGCCCCACCGGACCCAUCAUCACCGAGGAGCCGUUUAAGAGCAGCUCCAGCCUCAGCUCGCACCUGUGCUCCACACAGGAGGGCUCCAGUGUUCUCAUCUGCCCUGACUCUAGUGCCCGACCCCGAGUACGCGUGACCGACGAGACACCAGAGAUAGCCAGCAAAUGGUCAUGCCAGAUGUGCACCUACCUGAACUGGCCUCGUGCCAUCCGCUGCACUCAGUGCCUCAGUCAGAGGCAGCAAGGACCACAGCAGGGCCCUCAAAGGCUCUCAGAUGGCCCGCACACAUCUGAACCAGGCUGUCGACUUCCUGCGCCGACGGCCACUGAUCCCUGUGAGGAAUACAAUGACCGUAAUCGUCUAAACACGCGUGUACAGCACUGGGCUUGCUCAGCCUGCACCUAUGAGAACUGGCCCAAGACCUUAAGGUGUGUAGUGUGUGACCACCCUAAGCCGAGUGACACCGUGCUCCAGGAGCCACAGCCCGAGAGUACCAUGGCCCUGUCUAUAGUGAACGAGCAGGAGAGGACAGCAGGGGGAGGGGGUAUGGGGGGCAGUAAAAUGGUUCAGAGGAGGCUUUCGCCCCCUCUGCCUGCUGGCCAGGCUGAAGUUCAGAUUGAGCUGGCAUCUGGGGCAGUUGGCGCUCAAGAAGAGAACGAGACGGACUUUAAGAAACUCAAGCAGAUCAGGAACAGGAUGCGGAGGAGCGACUGGCUUUUUCUCAAUGCAUGUGCAGGUGUGGUAGAGGGUGAUUUGGCUGCCGUCGAAGCCUAUAAGUCAUCAGGUGGUGACAUUGCACGUCAGCUGACCUCAGACGAGGUCCGCCUGCUGAAUCGUCCAUCUGCGUUUAACGCCGGCUUCACUCUAGUGCACCUUGCCAUCCGCUUUCAGCGCCAGGACAUGCUCUCUGUGCUCCUCACUGAGGUGUCUCAGCAGGCAGCUAAGUGUAUUCCAGCCAUGGUAUGUCCUGAAUUAACUGAGCAGAUCCGUCGGGAGGUGGCUGCUGCGCUACACCGGCGUAAAGGAGAGUUUCCCUGUUACUUCUUUACUGAUAUCACUACCUUUACUCUUCCAGCUGAUAUCGAAGACCUUCCUCCUAACGUUCAAGAGAAGCUGUUUGAUGAGGUGUUGGAUCGAGAUGUACAGAAAGAGCUUGAGGAGGAAUCUCCUAUAAUAAACUGGUCUUUGGAGCUGGGCACGCGACUGGACAGCCGGUUGUACGCUCUGUGGAACCGCACUGCAGGAGACUGCCUUCUGGACUCGGUGCUGCAGGCCACAUGGGGCAUCUAUGACAAAGAUUCCGUACUGAGAAAGAGCCUGCAUGACAGUUUACAUGACUGCUCCCACUGGUUUUACACCCGGUGGAAAGAGUGGGAAUCAUGGUACUCUCAGAGUUUUGGCUUGCACUUCUCUCUGAGAGAAGAACAGUGGCAGGAAGACUGGGCUUUUAUUCUAUCACUGGCCAGUCAGCCGGGGGCGAGUUUAGAGCAAACUCAUGUGUUUGUGCUGGCCCAUAUCCUUCGGCGGCCCAUCAUUGUGUACGGCGUGAAAUAUUACAAGAGCUUUCGAGGGGAGACGCUGGGAUAUACCCGCUUCCAGGGUGUGUAUCUGCCUCUAUUGUGGGAGCCGAGUUUUUGCUGGAAGAGCCCCAUAGCACUGGGUUAUACACGAGGUCACUUUUCAGCCCUGGUCGCCAUGGAGAAUGACGGCUAUGACAACCGCGGUGCGGGCGCCAACCUAAAUACAGACGAUGAUGUCACUGUUACUUUUCUGCCUUUAGUAGACAGUGACAGGAAGCUGCUACAUGUCCACUUUCUGUCAGCACAAGAGAUGGGAACAGAGGAGCAGCAGGAGCGUUUGUUAAGGCAGUGGCUGGACUGUUGUGUGACAGAGGGUGGAGUCCUGGUGGCAUUGCAGAAAAGCUCGAGGAGGCGGAGUCAUCCUCUGGUCACACAGAUGGUAGAGAAGUGGUUGGAUGGCUACCGGCAGCUGGGCACAUGCCCUGCCCUUUCAGAUGGUGAGGAAGAGGAGGAGGACGAUGAUGAGUGAGAAGGAGAGUCUUCUCUAUACUCAGAGACUUGAUGCACCUUUACCCCCUCCUUGUGGAGAACACAUGUACACUAAUGUACCAUUAUUUAUCCUUGUCAUACGUACACACAUACAGUGGUCUCUUAUCAUUGAUGCAAAAAAGAUUUUGGCCCACACAAAAUAAAAACUUAGAUUACAAAUGGUACAUGCCUUUCAGAGUAUGCCCUUUGUUUUAUUCAAUUUAUUAUUUCUAGAUUUGCUUUGGAAAAAAAAAGAAUUUCAGUAGUUAUGCUAAGGGCACUUAAGCACACUUUAUUUGCUUCAGCUCCAUUUUUAAACUUUAGUUGUUAGUAACACUUACCAUAUACAGUACUUAUACACCACUUGAAUUUGAGAUCAGGCUUUUGUCAAAAUCCAUUCACUGAGAUAUUUAUUUACCUGUAUGAUAGUUUGUCAGCUACAGAAAUGAAUACAUACCACUGUAUGAUAAGUUUUGACUUCUCAUGUGCAUGAGGAAUUCAAUUGCAAACUUGAUACAGAUAUCUGUGGGUAAUCAGCGUUUUGUUCUUAUCUCUCAAAGUAGAGAUCACCUUUCCAAAUGGAUCAUUCUUUUAAGUUGGUUGUUAAAGCUCAAGGUUACACUACAUGUACACCAAGUCAUGUUUCCACUUACUGUAACACAUGGGUGUCUGGUCACAUUUGUUUGCAGUUUUAGAUGUUAUGAUUUUUCCCCCCUGCUAUUAUUCUCUGGAUGUGCUUGUUAAUAUAACUUUCAAAGACUUGACUGAAACCAAAGUGAACAUUGGUCUGUGGUCUUGCAGUGAUCAGAAUCGUUUGUUUUGUGUCUUACCCCCCUUUUGUGGCUGUGUUCAGUCUUGUCCCUCACCCAAGUUUAAAAACACCCUUAAGUUUUUAUUUUUCCGUUAUUAUACAAUUAUGUCAAGCCUUUGGCAUAUACUGUAUGUCUCUGAUGUGUGAUGAGGUUGAGACCAAAUCAUUGAAGGAUUAUAAGCUGAAUGUCUAACAAGUAAAGCUUCUUUAAAACUGUU